UCCUUUGCCCCCAUUGCCCUCUUCAAACCAGCCCUGCCCCUUCCUUGCGUCUCCUUUGGAAUUAUCCUGUUUUGUUAUUGGCCCUCUUCGCUUUCAAUCCUACACCUUGUGGCGUCAUCUUGGGGAAAGGGCGGGUUCUCUCCCUCCCACCAUUCCCGGACCAUGUCCUCUUCUUUGAUUGGUUAUUUGUGACGCCUGUCCAGAACAUCCUACCUGAACCACCUUUGUCUACUGCAGCCAUGGUUCGACUGUCUGCAUCUUCUUACGUAGGCUAUCCACCUGAUAAGCCUUUCCUUAAUUCGGAUAUACGACGCUCUCCACAAAAACCAACGUGUGCCUAUCCAGAAAGCAAUAGCAGAGCCAUAUUUUCUGCACUGAAGAAUCUUCAAGAGAAGAUUCGACGUUUAGAGCUUGAACGGAUUCAGGCAGAAGAAAGUGUGAAAACCUUGUCUAGAGAAACAAGUGAAUACAAGAAAGUGCUGGACGAACAAAUACAAGAAAGGGAGAACUCAAGGAAUGAAGAGUCAAGACACAAUCAAGAACUGACGUCCCAGUUGUUAGCUGCAGAAAGCAAAUGUAAUCUUUUAGAAAAACAAUUGGAAUACAUGAGAGACAUGAUAAAGCAUGCUAAAAAUGAGAGGACAACUGUCUUGGAAAAACAGAAUUCAAUAGAGAGAGACCAGCAGCAGGGUCAAAUGCAUUUUGAGAACCAACUUGAAAAACUGGAUAUACUUGAGCAGGAGUAUAACAAACUUACUGCCAUGCAGACUCUUGCAGAGAAAAAAAUGCAGGAACUGGAAUCAAAACUCCGUGAAGAAGAACAGGAAAGAAAACGUAUGCAGGAAAAAGCAGCACAGUUGCAGACUGGAAUAGAAACAAAUAGACAGUUGUUUGAGGAAAAGAUACCAUCUUAUUCUACCAAUGUAAGAAGAAUGAAGAAAAAGAAAACAAAACAGCCAGACAAGAAAUCCCCUAGGAACCAUUUUCAUGUACAGCCACAUUACAGGUUGUGCUUGGGUGACAUGCCGUUUGUAGCUGGAAAGUCCACUACCCCUAGUCAUGCAGUGGUAGCCAAUGUACAACAUGUUUUACAUUUAAUGAAGCAGCAUAAUAAAGCCUUAUGCAAUAAUCGUGUGGUCAGCAGCAUUCCCCUGGCAAAGCAGGGGUCUCCUCGAAAUGGUAAAGACAGGAAGUUAUCAGCAUCAUCCUCUUCUUCCUCCACUUGUCACGAAGAGUUAUUUGAAGUCUUACAGACAUUACAGGAUGAAUUUGGACAGAUGAGUUUUGAUCACCAACAACUAGCCAAACUUAUCCAGGAAACACCAACUAAUGAACUGAAAGAGGACCUCGAGCGGGAACUUGAGGAAUUAGUGGAAAGGAUGGAAGCUAAGGCUAAUCAAAUAACUAAAGUUCGAAAACAUCAGGCCCGGCUGGAGAGACAGAUGAAGGAGCUAAAGGGUAGCAAAAAGUGUUUGGAGGAUCAAGAAGGCAACAGCAAGUUCUAUCCUGGAGUCACUGGGAGCUCCCCAAAGAAGGACUCUAUUUCCGUCAAACGGAACCCUGGAGAGAAAAGCCGUCGAAACCUUCAGUUGUUAAAGGACAUGCAAACCAUACAGACUUCGAUUCAAAAAGAUAACUUAGGUUGGGAAUAUUGAUUGGUACUAGGUCGAAUGUUUUAUUCAUAUAAUUUAUAUUUUGUCAUAUGUUGACAAUUCACAUAUUAAAAAUAGCAUAUUCUUAUACUUUUUUGAGGGACUAAUACUUGUGCUGAGGACCACUGUUUUAAAUAGCUCCAGUAAAGGUUGAAUAGUUUUACUGGAAACAUAAGAAGCCACAUUUUACUGAAUUCCCUUUGGCAAAUCUUGCUGUACUUGUGCAAUGCACUUUGUAAACAAACUCCCAGGUUUUUAUUUGUGGGUGUUUUUUUAAAAAUUGUGUCUUCUGUAGCUGAAUUAAAAUUAAGUUUAAAUUAUCUAAAUUCAAAGCUAAAAAUGUGUAUGUAGAAAGUUAUCAGCACUGCUUGAAAAGUCUCAUAAACCUUACCCCAAGGUAUUUUCUCCAUCUGCAACCCCCAGAAGUACUUUAUUUUGCUACUGAUGGAGGCUUUCUGAAUUUUAAAUCUUUUGAAUAUUUUCUUAUCCCAGUUCAUAUUGUAGAAUAGGACUUUACUCAUUAAUGAUUAAAAUCAUUUUUUCCCCUUCUCCACUGGUAUGUUAUCUCAGUAGCUCGUUAGUUUACCAAAAAAAAAAAGGCAAAAAUUCAAUUUUUUAAAACCAAAACACACAAUUUGUUU